AUGAGCUACUUGUCUGUAUCUGGAUCUGCGCGCUUGCCCAGUGCCUCGCGGAGCGCAGGCAUAACCCACAUCGCACGCACAGCCUCAGACAGUGACACUUCAAGUGAUGAGUCGCUAGAAACUCAAGAUGCUGGAGAAGAUGGUGCUACUGAUCUCGCCCUGGACUUUGAUGAGGAACACAUUGAUGUUGGCAGCGAGGACGUGAUUACAAUUGGCAGCAGCUCACCUAGAAAUAUCGCCAACGAUAUCCCUGAUGAAGCUUCUGAAGAGGAUUCGUCGGAUACCCAACGUCGCGCUGUGCUGAAGAAGGCCAAGAAGGCAGCGAAGAAGAUGGGAAAGAAGAACCGCUUGUUCGUCGCCAACGAGAAGUCACAUCACGCGUGGACCAUGUCCACCUUCAAAAACAAGCUUGGAAUUACUGGGAUGGAAGCCUUCUUGAGCCAUCCAGAGUUUGGAAUUGACGUUGCCACCGAGUUUCCGUUGAAAACGAAGACGGACACCCCGUUCUACGAUAACGAAAACAACCCUAUCAGCCGCGCUGAAGCUUUGGGAACAAAGUGUCACGAAAUGCAUGAGAUACUCAUCGACUCUCACAAAGCUGCCAUGGCUGAAGAAGCGUCUCGUAAGGCGGAAGCAAAGCGGGUUUUUGAAGGGCAUCGCCACGACCUCCCGGACGCCGUGGCUCCUGACAGCCACCAAACUAUGCUGGCUCGGAUCAACCUGCAGGCUAUCAGGGACCACGCCUCGACCCAGAUUAACGCCGCUUACAACAACAAACUAGAAUCGGCAGCUGAGCUCACAGAGCCGGAGCUUGGUAGCGACAAAUUGCCACUUGUCUCGGCUACCGUGCAACGCCUCGUCUACAAGGUCGUCGACGCCCAGAUUCGCGGCAACAGACUUCGAGCCCUUCACGUCUCUGAGUCUGGGGAUCGUCGGUUCCAGAUACCAGUGGAGCAUGGGCAGUUGCGAUUCCGGCUGAGGGAUGAGCUGCAGAAAACUCUGACCUUGGAGGACGACGUUGAUGUAGCGGCUAUUGCUACAAAGCUCGUGGUGCAGGAGUUCCCUCCGCAGCUGUGA